UACAUUUAAUAUGGCCGUCGAAAUUUUCAUGUAAACCAUCAUUCUAUAGUAUGCCAAAUUGUUGCUUGCAUUUAUUGUUAAAACCAUAUAUACGUAUCACACUUAUCUAUUUAAGGUUAAAUUCAGAUUACGUUUGACAAGAAUAUAGCCUUGGAUGCCACAUCAACAAUUUAUAGACGUAACAAUUCACCCUCACUCGGCGAUAUUUUUCCAACCCCUCGGCGAUAUCCCUCCAAUUACGCAUUCGCCCUAUACAUAACGUUGCGGCUAGACAUCAACUCAAUACAAAUUAAUUUAUCCUCUAAAAGUAUAAUUUCCUUAUAGGCAAUAAGUAUAUACCGAACUAAAAUCUUUGCCAGUUAAAACUAACCAUCUCAAUUUUUUUAGCAAUCUUGCUCAAUAACAAUAAAACCCACCUAACUUUUUAAAUUUGUUCACGCCAUUCAUUCCUCCAUAGUCAAUCAUUUGAUCUGACAGCAUUGUAGAAACCUCAGAAGCUUUCCUUUAAAAGUUUCAACUUCCCCCGUCCCUUCUCCCAUUCUUUCUUUCUUUUUUUAAAUUUGUUAAAUUUUUUUUCGAAUAUUUUUCGUUCUUUUUAUAUUCGAAAAAAUAUUAUUGGAUUUUAUUAUUUUCAAUUAUAAUUUAAAGUGUUAUGAUUUUAAAAAGAAAUUUGUUAAUUGAUGCGUGUGAAUUUUCUUACUUUUUCUCCCCCAAUAUUAUCCUCAUAAAUAUAUUUAUCAAUUUAAAUUUGUUAAAACAGAGUUUAUUCUUUUUUUCUGCACCUUUUUUUAACGACUAAUUAUAUUUAUGACCAAUUUUAGUUCCCGAAUAAUGCCUACCCUGAUUCCGAUCAGUAUCUACUUUAAAAUUUUUUUUGUGUAUUAUAGAUUUUAUAUAUUAUAUAUCUGUUCCAUGUUUUAAAAAUAAUACGUUGAUUCACGAAUUUAUCGUUAACCGUUUAAUUGUUUUCCUACAUUUUAUAUGAUUUAACAAAUUUAAAAAGUUGUUUUUCUUAUUAAAAAAAAUUUUUACCACUUAUAUUUACGAAAAAAAUAUAUUAUAUUUUACUAUUUUUGUUUUCCCGUCACCCUUAUAUUUUUUUGAUUUUUAAAUCAACUCAAAAUGUCUUUUUCAUUGAAUUCGGUUUCUAACCGGCCCAUGUUAUCCUCGCUAGCCUCCGUUAACGACGAAAUUACUAGUGCUGACAAAAAUAAACUCGAAAAGACUAAUAACAAGUUACUAUCUUCCCUAAACGGAGCAACAAUCGACAACCAAACCUAUUUCACUUACAACAAUUACACCUGCACUACGAACGGACUGACCUCUCACGAUGGCGCACACACCAACGUCAAUUCGAGAAGCAAGCUACUUCUCUGGUGCAGUGACUCCCUGGCUAACAUGGCAGGAGCCUCCCACCACGUUGAACCCGACAACAAAACAGACACAGAGAGAACCCUAUUUGAAAGUUAUUUUGAUUCCACUAAUGAGGUAACUUUCGGAAACGUUAAUGGUUUCACCAAUAAAGAUGAAACUUCGCUUGCUAAUCUAACAUCCACCCAUGCCAAAAUGCCACUCUCUGAUGUGGCUUGCAGCACCUGGUCAUGCCCCAUGUGUGGGCGCGAAGAAAAUAAAUUUCCUGAGACGCUCCCUGAUGCUGUCAGAAUCUUGAGUUGCUUUCACCAAAUUUGCGCCACUUGUUGUGAAUCUAUACCCAUUAAUAAUAGCGUCAUGCUGAAUGGAGCCGGUAGUUUGUCCUGCCCUGUUUGCCGUCAAGUUACAAACAUGUCAUCUAAGGGUGUCAGGGGCCUCAUGACGAAAGCCCUUUGGAGAUCCCUCUUCCCAACCGAGGCGGGUGGCCAUGCUGCAUCCCUUGUUGGCGAUAUCCCGACCUUCCGAGAUAGUGGAGGAGGUUCUGCUUCCACAGAUGACGACGACAAGGAUAUUGGCCUGGGCAUAAAAGACAAGCACUCGCUAGACCAAAUUGUGCCCUCCCUCUCCUCCACAUCGUUUCCCCCUCCCUGCUCCAAGCACCCCGCCUUCAUUUUAUCUUACAUUUGCAAGACCUGCGACAUAUUUACUUGCCAAGAAUGCUUUGCUUCAGAACACGCUCCCCAUGCUCACGAUUUUAUAUCCUUGGAUGGAUUUUUCCCAGGCUCUAACUUUGUACCAACCAUGGCUACCAUGAAUAUAGGUGAUGGGCAUGUUUUGCGGAUGGCUGCCGCAACUUCUGAGGGUUUCAAUGAUCGAGCUAAGGUCAUGAUCGACGUUAUCAAGGGUAAAUUGAUGGAAUACGAAAUUGUUCUUAAAACUGCAGAAAAAAUGUCCCACAAACUGCAGGCACAGUACCUUCAAGCCAAACGAGAAGUUGGGGUUACAACUAUGAACUUUCACAAUGCUAUCGAGAAUAGGAAAAGUGAGAUUAUGAAAGAACUCGAAGCAGCCUUUACUGCCAAGGAAUUUAAAAUUUCUUUGAUAAGCCAAAAGUUAAAUGAUUUUUUGCAAAAGUCGGCUAUGAAUUUUCAACUAGUGGAAAAGUUUUCUACUUCUUCUAAAGAAGCAUCAUCCGAAGCCCAAAUGCAAACAAUAAAGCAGUUAUUUGAUCCCCGUAUUUCUUGGAUACUUAAUUUGUCACCAUCAGUUCUUGCACACCAAAUUAGCAACUAUGAUUUGGAAUUUAUUACAUAUGCCCCAGCCAUCCCAAACAUUAUAAAAAAUGCAUUUGGUCAUAUAAAAGAAACAACUUUAGAGUCUCCUUAUCUGUCAAAGACGAUUCAAAAUUUUUGGCGGGAUGAAGGCUCUCUACUUCCAAUAGACAUGCAAAAUCUUAAACAAGCUGUACCAUCUAUCAGCGAUAAUCUGCCAAAUUCUUCUUUAGCAAAAACCACUAAUUCAAAUUCCCUACUACCUAGUAAUACCUCUGACCUCACUAUGAGCGACAUUACCCAAAAUCUUUCCACCUACGAAAAAUGGUGUAACUCUGUCAAUCAAAUCCACGCACUAAAUAAUUCUCUUGAAAAGACUAACGAAGAGGCAUUAUCAAACCCCAACGCAUUAACGUCCUCAUCCAAUGAUAAUGUUAAAACUAGAUUGGAACAAGCUAAGAAAGAUAAUUUAGCCCUCUCCUCAUUACUGUUGCAUCAUAAUAUGAAUUCCAGCUCGGCGAAUAACAAAAUCCUUGAAAUGAACUUGAUGGGCCUAACCAUGGAGAUGAAUAACAAUUCUGCCAUACCCUUGAUCAGUGAGCCAUUUUGUCCACUUCAACCUCAACCUGGUCAUCCAAUAUACUCACCCAGUUUCACAGCUAUAGCUAAGUCGAGUCAGAACCAGAUUAAACGCCGCAAGAUGAUUUAUCAUUGUAAGUUUGGGGAGUUUGGCUUGUUGGAAGCUCAAUUCACUGAACCGAGUGGUGUGGCGGUUAACGCCCAAGGCGAUAUCAUAGUGGCUGACACCAAUAACCACCGAAUUCAAAUAUUUGAUCGAGAGGGACGAUUCAAAUUUCAGUUUGGCGAGUGUGGCAAGAGAGAUGGGCAGCUUCUUUACCCUAAUAGGGUUGCUGCAGUUCGCACUUCUGGCGAUAUUGUUGUGACAGAACGCAGCCCAACCCAUCAAAUUCAAAUAUUCGACAAGUUUGGUCGUUUUUUGCGCAAGUUUGGCGCUGACGUGCUUCAACAUCCCCGGGGAGUUACAGUGGAUCCUGAGGGUAAAAUUGUCAUCGUUGAGUGCAAAGUUAUGAGGGUCGUCAUAUUUGACCACUUGAGUGGUGAGGUUUUGCAUAAGUUUGGUUGCUCUAAGCACCUGGAAUUCCCAAAUGGGCUUGCUGUCAAUGAUCGCAAAGAGAUAUUUAUCAGUGACAACAGGGCUCAUAGUGUCAAAGUUUUUAAUUACCAAGGCCACUAUUUACGUCAGAUUGGCGGUCCGGGAAUCACUAACUAUCCAAUCGGUGUAGGCAUCGAGUACUCCACGGGACGCCUGCUUGUUGCCGACAACCAUAACAAUUUUAAUUUAACCAUUUUUGAUCAACAGGGUACCUUACUUGAUGCAUUGGAGAGCAAAGUUAAGCACGCACAAUGUUUUGACGUGGCCUUAUUGGAUGACGAUUCUAUGGUGCUGGCCAGCAAGGAUUUUCGCAUAUACGUAUAUCGGUACAAUAAUAAUGACGCCCUAAACGCUGCAGGUCUUCAAGAAGGUGCCUCAACCUCUAGUACAGAUAUCUUGGGCACUGGAAGUAACAAUACAUCUAGCGGAAAUAGUCUCAGCCCGAUAAAUGAAUUACCACUUGUUUCUUUACCGCUUCCUCUUAUCUCUCAGCACAAUGUUUUACCUCUCAAAUAUGUUGGGCUGUCAACCCCUUCCUUGCACCCGAAUCUCCACCAUGCCAAUCUUUCAGAGAAUAAAUCUACUCUGUCACCCUCUAAAAACUCCCUUAAUGGGAAUUCCAAAGUGUUUGAGCAUCCUUCAUUAGCUGUACUCAAUCAGAAUUGGCAUCAGAACUGGCUCCUCAUCACCCAGCAGCACCAGAUGCAGCAACAAUUGCAACAACAGCAGCUACAAAAUAAGGCUCAGCUACAACACAUGCAACCUGAUUCCCAAAAUAUGACCUUGCUCGAAAAUUCUUGCUAUGACCGGGCACUCAAGACAGCUUGCUCUGUGUUAGCACCGCCUGUUUCUUCCUCACAAGGCUCCCACUUGAAUCAUACUAUUGCUACUUCAUAUGACGAGGACUCAGCUCACCCCACCAGUUCUCCCGAUUUAGCAAGCAUAAUCGAAGGCCCCCUCAAAACCUUCGGAUAUUAUCAAGCUCCUUAUUGGUCACCCUACGACAGUGUGUUGGCUUUUGUCAAUGACUCACGAGUGCCUGAUCGCAGAUUUUCUUCGUCGGUUUCUAACAAAUAUCCACCGACGAUUUGAACUUUCCGGCCCGUCAAAAUUGAAAUUCGAGGAAGAUUCAUAUUGUAGAUGGAUGUCAAUUUUUUUAAAUCAUUGUUUUAGAAAGCUUCGAAUUUGUCACGAUUUUAUUUUAUAUAUAUAAUUAUUUGUUCUCUUUGAGUUUUGACCCGUGUCUCUUUUUGUUAUAUAUAUAUUCAAUUUUUUUUACCCGUUUAUUUUUUUGCCCGAUUUUUGAAUUUUUCUUAUAUAGUUUUUUUUAAACUUAAAAAUUCUUUAUAUAUUGAACCAAUAAUUAAUUAUUUUGUUACUCGAUAUAAAUAUUAUUUCAAAAAAAAAUUUAAAAAAUACCCCAAAAAAAUUAUAAAAAUGCACAAAAAGAUUUUAAAAAAAAAUUAUAUAUUAAUCGUUUUUCUUCUUUAUCGAUGCAAAAAAAUGGAUGUUAGGAUGAUUUGAAAUUUCAUUGGAUAAAUAUGCUGUUUGUCUAUUUGCAAAGCAGUUAUUCCUUAGUUAUAUCUACUAAUUUAUUCUUCCAUUUUUAUUAAUAGAAAUAUUAAUCACUUUUUUAAAUAUAUGUUUAGAAGCCGAUUUGGUUAUAUAUACUGAAUUCCCUAAUAUUUUUACUUUUUCGAUUUUUCUUGUCCAUCCUUACGGCUAUUCUAUCAUUUUUAUUAUGCUUUAUUUUCCAAUACUCAUUUUCAACCCUUUAAUUUAAACCCAAUUUUUUUUACAUCUGUCAGGCUGAAAUCGUUUAGACUGUCUUUUCGAUUUAGAUUCAGAAUUUAGACAAAUUUUUUUUUCGCUCCUAAUAUAAUUUGUUAUUAACCCGACAUUCCUUCGAUUUUUGAAGUCGAUUGAGUAAAAUGUUAGUUUUCUUUGUGAUGAAUCAUUAUUGUAAAUCACAUUUUAGAGAUGAUGGGUAGAGUUGUUUUUUACAUUUAAAAAAAAUAUUUUUUUAUAAAGCGUUCAAAAAUCUUGGAGGUAUUAUUUCAAUAUCCACAAAGGUAUGUAUAAUAAAGUUUUCGUGUUUUUUUCCAUCACACAUUUCUUGAUUUUUUUUAUUAUAAUUUUGUUAUUUUUAUUUCUUAUAUUUAAAUCAUCAUCCAUUUAUACCUAUUGUUUAUUUUGUUUUUUUGUGUAAUCAGUUAAUCAAUUUAAGUUCGCAAAAAAAUUUACCGUUUAAUUAGUUUGUUCUACAAUCAAUAUAUUAUCUUAUAAAAAAAUCAAUAAAUAAAAAUGUUGAAUCACGAAUUUGGUUCGUGUCUUCACGUUUUACUAAAUUUGGGAAUACAUAAAAUAAGCAACUAGACGAGGGUAUUUGCGACCCAGAGAUUGUCUCCAGAACGUUCCUAAAAGCAUAUCUGAUUUUAUUAACGAAUGCA